UUUACAAUUUACGUCAAAUCAAAAUAUCAUCAAUUCUAUGAUUCCCAUCAAUUCGUGUUCUGUUGACGUGUAAAUUUGCAGUUUAAAUAUUUAUUAUUCUUAUUUCUUCUUGUUAAUAAAAAAUGGGAUCCUUUAAAAGGGAUAAAAAGGAAGAGGAAGAUGGUAGCGGAAACCCUUUCCAAAAUGUUGAAAAAACAACAGUUUUACAAGAAGCAAGGGCUUUCAAUGAUACGACCCUAAAUCAUCGGAAAUGUACCCAUAUUCUUACGAAAUUACUCUAUUUAUUGAAUCAGGGGGAACAACUUGGUACAAAAGAAGCUACUGAUGUUUUCUUUGCUAUGACAAAACUCUUUCAAUCCAAAGAUGUAAUUCUUAGACGUUUAGUCUAUUUAGGGAUAAAAGAGCUCAGUUCAAUUGCUGAUGAUGUAAUUAUUGUAACUUCAAGUUUAACUAAAGACAUGACAGGCAAGGAGGAUCUUUAUAGGGCUGCAGCCAUAAGAGCCCUAUGUAGUAUAACUGAUGGUGCAAUGCUUCAAGCUAUUGAAAGAUAUAUGAAACAGGCUAUUGUUGAUAGAAACUCAGCAGUGAGUUCUGCUGCCUUAGUAAGUUCUUUACAUUUAACAAAACUGGCUCCAGAGGUUGUCAAAAGAUGGGUGAAUGAAGCACAGGAAGCUGUUAAUAGUGAUAAUAUUAUGGUUCAGUAUCAUGCUCUUGGACUAUUAUAUCAUAUUAGAAAAUCAGAUCGUUUAGCUGUCACUAAAUUAGUUGCUAAACUUACACGUUUAAGUUUGAAAUCACCUUAUGCAGUUUGUAUGUUGAUUCGUAUUACUGCAAAAUUGAUUGAAGAAGAAGAUGCCGGUAGUGAAUCUCCUCUAUUUGAGUUUCUUGAGAGUUGUUUGAGGCACAAAUCAGAAAUGGUGGUAUAUGAAGCAGCACAUGCCAUUGUUAAUUUGAAACAUACAACAAGCAGAGAAUUAGCUCCUGCUAUCACUGUGCUUCAAAUCAAUUGUGGUUCCCCGAAGCCUACAGUAAGAUUUGCAGCUGUGCGUACACUGAAUCAAGUAGCCAUAACUCAUCCAGCUGCAGUGACUGCUUGCAAUAUGGAUUUAGAAAAUCUGAUCACAGAUUCAAACAGAUCAAUUGCUACACUUGCAAUAACUACUCUUCUCAAAACAGGAGCUGAAUCAUCUGUUGAAAGGCUUAUGAAACAAAUAGCCACCUUUGUAUCAGAAAUAAGUGAUGAAUUCAAAGUUGUUGUUGUACAAGCUAUUAGAGCGUUAGCAUUGAAAUAUCCUAGAAAACAUGGCUCUUUAAUGAAUUUCUUAUCUGCAAUGCUGAGAGAUGAGGGAGGUCUUGAAUAUAAAGCAUCAAUUGCUGAUACUAUAAUCACUAUUAUUGAAGACAAUCCAGAAGCUAAAGAGACAGGAUUAGCCCAUCUUUGUGAGUUUAUUGAGGAUUGUGAACAUACUUCACUAGCUGUCAGAAUUCUGCAUUUGUUAGGGAAGGAAGGUCCUAAAACCAAACAUCCUUCAAGAUAUAUUCGCUUCAUCUAUAACCGAGUUAUUUUGGAAAACCCAACUGUGAGAGCUGCAGCAGUUUCCGCCAUGGCACAGUUUGGAGCUAUUUGUCCCGAUUUGUUAGAAAAUAUACAAGUUUUAUUAGCACGUUGUCAGAUGGACUCUGAUGACGAAGUUAGAGAUAGAGCAACUUAUUAUAGUCAAAUUUUAAAGCAACAAGAUAAAGGCCUUUAUAAUAAUUAUGUUCUAAACACUCUUCAGGUUUCUGUUCCAUCUCUAGAAAGAUGUCUCAAAGAUUAUAUUCAAGGAAAUACCCAAGAUCCCUUCGAUAUUAAAACAGUUCCAAUUGCUUCUAUUCCCACUCAAGAAGAAAAAGAAACAAAACAAAAGACAGAUGGUAUGCUCCACACUACCGGGCCCAUCAAACCGGCUCCUGUAUCUAGAGAAGAGAACUACACAGAAAAAUUGGCAGCCAUACCAGGAAUCCAAGCAAUUGGUCCUCUUUUCAAGAGUUCAGAAAUGGUUGAAUUAACGGAAUCAGAAACCGAGUAUUAUGUCCGAUGUAUCAAGCAUUGCUUUACGCACCAUAUAGUAUUGCAGUUCGAUUGUCUGAAUACACUGAGUGAUCAGCUUUUAGAGAAUGUCAAAGUGCAGGUUGAUCCAAGUGAGGGAUACGAUAUUGUCGGGGAAAUACCUUGCCCUAGAUUGCCUUAUAACGAAACUGGAACUUGCUAUGUCGUCCUCAAGUUUCCGGAAAAUGAUUUGCCGAAUUCGAUUGGAACAUUCGGAGCUGUUUUGAAGUUUGUUGUGAAAGAUUGUGACCCAACUACGGGCUUACCAGACACUGAUGAAGGUUAUGACGAUGAGUAUAUGAUAGAAGAUCUUGAAAUUUCCCUUGGUGAUCAAAUACAAAGGGUGAACAAAGUUAAUUGGAACACAGCCUGGGAGGAAGCUGAUCAGAACUUUGUUGAAUUGGAAGACACAUAUUCUCUUAGCUCUAUGAACACUCUCGAUGAAGCAGUAAAGAAUAUUGUACAGUUUCUUGGAUUACAACCAGCGGAGAGAACUGAUAAAGUACCAGAAGGAAAAACUACUCAUACUCUACUUCUAGCAGGAGUAUUCCGAGGUGGUUUUGAUAUACUUGUCAAGGCUAAACUAGCCUUAGCUGAUGGUGUGAACAUGCAAUUGAAAGUGAAAUCCACAAGAGAAGAAGUAGCUGAUCUUAUAAUUUCAGCUGUUGGUUAAUUAUGUUUUAUUAUUCUUUAGUAUUAAGAUGAUAAUGAAAAUUUUAUUAUAAAUAUUCUAUGUUCAACUGUAUAUCCAAAAAUAAAGUGAUAAUAAUUUC